AUGAGGAGGACUCUGGUCUCACGAAAAGCCCGCAAGAAGAGGAUUGCGGAGAAUGCCGAAAUGAGUGGGGAGAACUAUUAUGCCAGGCAAGCUGAAGAGGCCAAAGCUGGCGCUCAAUCUUUCACUACUACAGAACCUACAGUUCCCAUGGUCAAUGGUGCACCAGGCGCAGACAGACUGCCGACAUUUGCAACCUUCGACCCUUCCCAGAAAACUGACGAAGACCGCCAACCCCUGAGGUCGCAACCCCUGUCAGAAGAGCCUACACUGGUCAAUUCCCGGGAUGCCGCUUCGGAUAGAUACUACAAUCCGCCUUCAAGGUCCCGCAGCCGACCUCGCCAGGAUGGCCCGCGCGAUCAGUUUGGAAACCCCCUUCCCCCAGGAAUGGGUGGACCACCAAUGCCAGGACAGGGUCCAAGACCUGGGGAUCAACGUCCACCUCCGGGUCCCUACCGUGACGGAAGUAUGCCACCGCCGGGCGGACGAGGAUAUGUUCCUAGGGGCAGGGGUGGUUAUCCACCUCGUGGAGGCUAUCCGCCGCGCGGAGGAUAUGGUCCUCGUGGACCUCCGCCACCCCAAGGUUAUCCGGGACGAGGGGGCUUUUCUACGGACAUGAGAGGAGGCUAUGGCGGUCGCGGUAGAGGAGGGAUGCCGAUGGGAGCGGCGGCUGGUGGUGGCAUGGCAGCAGGAGCUAUGAUGGCUGGCGGCCAGGGUCGACCCCCGCCAAGGUAUCCUCUGACCGGUGGUGACAGCUCGUCAUCAGGGUACACUCCACCAGAAGAAUAUUCGGAUCCAACCGGACAGCCUUUGACUAUUGCCACCUCACAGCCGUAUGUUGAAGAAGGGCCAAGGCGUUUCGAUGCAACAAGUCCUUGUGUUUACACCACUGGACCGGAUGAACAACUAGGUGCUUACGGAGCGCGAGCACAGUCACCCGCGCGGGAUCGUGCCUCGCCAUACGGUAGUCGUAUGCAAUCCCCUGCUGGCGGCGAACGGCAGGCCUCGCCGGCCCCGGAAAUGCCUCCACUACCAGCAAAUGCGCAAGCAGCAGAGCUGGCAACCACUUCCACCCGUGACUUCCAGCCGAACAGAUCCCAAAGUCAAGAUCCCUAUGUCCCUCCUCGUGCCCAGUGGAACAAUAUGGCUCAAGAGGACUAUGGUCAGCAAGGUCCCGGAGGACGUUAUGGCCCUGUGGAACUGCCAACCGGCGGCAGCCAGAUGGGUGGCUAUGGUGGGCCAAGUCGGAGGCCACGUGUGAAUUCUGGGAGUGAUGUGUAUUACGAGGACGUAGAUCCCCGAUUUGCGAGCGAUCCCGAACCUAUUCCACCGAUGCCGUCGCAUCCUGACGCCGGUGGUCGCAUGCCCUCGCUGCUAACGCCAGGACCGCCUGGGCAACAGGCCCUGGAUUCACUUGGUCCACUGCCCCAAACAAACUCGUACGAAGAUCUCCCUGGGGCUCGAUCGCCGGCCGAGAGCGAAACCAGCAACUUCACGUCUGUCAGCCAACGAGGAGUCAACCCGAAUUGGCGACCGGGCUAUGGGGGAGAGUUCAAUUCCUUUGGGCCCAUGCAGAGAGCGAGGCAAAAUCCACAAGCUAAACGGGACGUGUUGUUGGCAGGAAACCCGGACUUUGAGAUUCCUGGCAUGACCCCUCCUUCCGCACCCAGCCUUCGAGGAAGAGGCGGACCCGGAGGACGUGGCGGCCCUAUGCGAGGCGGCCCAAUGAUGAUGACUGGUCCUCCGAGGAUUCCACCUGCCAGUGCUAUUGGAGCAGGUUCAGAUGGAAGGUAUCCCAUGGCCACACCACCGCCAGGUGCCCCGUCAGGUCCUGGUGGAGUAAAAGAGAUAUGA